AGCUUCGAGAGAAUAACACACGAGAAAGUUAAUCCGCGUUGACCUGUUAUCAUCCGAAUAAUCUCCGCCAUUUUGAAAAGAUAUUUAUCGGCGUAUCUCCCGCAAUAACAAGAGAACAACCGUCAACGCAUCUACACAUUCCAGAACCUUCUGCAAGAGCCGAACCAGAGGCACCACCUGCAUAGGCCUACAAUACACCCAGCCUACGCCCUUGGAAAUCUCUAGGCCUAUAUACAUAUACCUAAAUUUCCCGUAUCGUCGCCAUGGCCUCCCUGCCCGUCGACGCCGCCCGCGAGGCCGCCAUGUCCGAGGAGCUGGCCCGCUUCUGGUCGAGCAUGGGGCGCAGGUUCGAGUGCGAGCGCCCCAACCCGCAGAGCUUCCUGGGGCGCCCGCUCGCCCGCGCCUCCACCUGGGAGGACCUCGUCGCGCAGACUCUCCCCGAUGCCCCCCAGUACGCGAAGGAGGACGUGCCCAAGGAGGAGGACGAGGAGCAGGCCGCGGAGGUGGACGGGUUCCUGACGAGGGCGGCCCUGGAGAGUGACCUAGAUCUACAGGAGGACGUGCUGCAAGAUUGCGUCAGCAGGUCAGAUUCCCCGGCCGAUUGCGUGGUCGACGGGGCGCGGAUCGGAGACGUGCCCGCCAGGUACGUGGUCAGGGGUCUGCAGGGCCACGAGCUACCGGUGGUGGGCACCUACGUGGACCCCAAUGUCGUCACGGGCUUCUGCUACCAAGUCCGCCCGGUCGGGGCCAAGAAGCCGCUCUUCCAGGGACGGGCCCUUCGCCUGGUAUCCAUCGGCAUGGGCUACGGGAAGCGCAUCACCUUCGCCAGCGACAAGCACAACACCAACGACAACUACUUCUGGUCCGACACGCACCCCGAGGGCUACGGCUUCGCCCUCCGCCUGGUGCAGGAGGGGGACAAGUUCACCCUCAGGGACGCCAACGGAUACUCCGUCGCCACGGCUGAGGUCAUCGGCCUUCUGGGCCCCCAGACCGAGGUGAGCCACCGAGUCCUGGAGAACGGCGGGAUCGAGAAGAGAGCUCAGGUGUCCAUCCUGUGCAACGUGUCCUACUUCGACGAGCCCCACGCCGAGCUGAGGCCCGUGGCCAUCUCGGGCGUCGCUGUGUCCCUCAGAGCCAAGGGCGCCAGGGCCGUGGCCUCCCUCAAGAAGAUCAAGGAAUGCAACGUGGGCGGCGAGAGAGGCUUCACGCUGGCGGCCGGCGUGGACUCCUCCUCCCGCGUCACGGUGCUCAACGGCGACAAGAUCGGAGACGUGCCCACCAAGUACUACGUCACCGGCCUCCUUCCUCACGAGCAGCCCGUGGCGGGCACCUUCGUGGACCCGAGGAUCCUCACGGGCUUCAGCUACCGCGUGCGCCCGGCCGACGCCAAGAAGCACCUGUUCGGGGGCGCCGCCCUCGUCCUGCAGGCGAUCGGCAGGGGCUACGGCAAGAGGCUCACCUUCGCCAGCAGCAAUCUCAACAGCAACGAGAACUACUUCUGGAGCGACUCCCACCCCGAGGGCUACGGCUUCUCCAUCCAGGCCGUCGUGCCCGGCGACAGCUUCAGAAUCAUGAGUUCGUCGGGCGAGGAGAUCGGGCGCGCGCAGGUGUUCCGCGCCGACCUGCCGCAGGUGGAGGAGAGCUCGGCCGUCUCGAGCGAGGGCCACGUCACCAAGAAGGUCCGCGUCAGCGUCACCUGCGACAUCACCUUCCACGGCGAGGACGACCGCACGCUCGCUGUCACUGGCACGGCCGUGGUGGUCCGGCGCGGCCGCGUGGCCCGAGUGCAGCGGCUGGAGGACGUGGCCAUCGGCUCCCAGAUCAGCGUCCUCUUCAGCCGAGCCAGCGAGACGCUCACCUUCGUCCGGGAGUGAUCGUCUCCUCUUCGAAUCUCGUUUUUAAAAAAUAUAUCUAUUUUUCCCUUUCCUUUUUCUUCGUCGAGAUGCGAUGUUCGUUCGACUGUGAUUUAUUCUUCGCCAAGGAUCUGAGGGAUUCUUGUCUCGUCCCCGCAUGUCGA